GGGAGGGGCGACCGUGACGAGUUGUGUGUCUGGACAAGUUCCUGAGACGACAGCUGAAAACACAACAACACAACUACACCGCAACAGUUUCGCUUCUGCCGACAGGAUGUGUGGAAGAACCGCGUGCACUCUGGCUCCAGACGAGGUGAGCCGAGCCUGCUCCUACAGGACCCGGGGCGGGCAGCGCAGACAGCCCCGCUGGAGGGAUGGAGAUGCGGACAAGUACCGGCCCUCCUACAACAAGAGCCCCACGACCAUGAGCCCCGUCUUGCUGUCCCAGAGGCAUUUCGACAAGGAUGCUCCUGUGGAUGAGUGUGUGUUGGCCUCCAUGCGCUGGGGUCUCGUACCUGCCUGGUUCAAGGAGAAAGAUCCGAGCAAGAUGCAGUACAGCACCAACAACUGCCGCAGUGAGAACAUACUGGAGAAGAAAUCUUACAAGUACCCCCUGAAUAAAGGACAGCGCUGUGUCAUCCUGGCUGAUGGGUUUUAUGAGUGGAGGAGGGCGGAGAAAAACAAGCAGCCUUUCUUCAUCUACUUCCCUCAGACUCCGGCAGGAUCCAGUCAAGAGAAAGCAGAAGAUCAGGAUGACCUCCCGACCUCGGCUCGCAGUGAGGAGAAUUCAGAGACGGCACGCUCUGCAGACGGAUCCUCCCUUGACUCCACGGAGGGAGGGGAGGAAGCACCAUGUGAAUGGACAGGCUGGAAGUUGCUGACUAUGGCUGGACUGUUUGACUGCUGGACACCUCCAGGUGGUGGAGAACCCCUUUAUACUUACAGCGUGAUCACUGUGAAUGCUUCCCCAAACCUGCAGAGCAUCCAUGAUAGGAUGCCAGCUAUCCUGAAUGGCGAGGAGGAAGUGAGAAGAUGGCUCAACUUUGGGGAGGUGAAGUCUCUUGAUGCCCUCAAACUGCUCCAGUCUAAAAACAUUCUGACUUUUCAUCCUGUCUCUUCGCUCGUCAACAACUCGCGCAACAACUCUCCAGAGUGCCUUCAGCCUGUGGAUCCUAGCAGUAAAAAGGAGCCCAAACCCACAGCCAGCAGUCAGAGGAUGAUGAGCUGGUUGAAAAGCAGCUCAACCACUAAGAGGAAGGAGUCGGACACUCGUGAGAAUGAACAGCAAGAAAGAAAGACAGUGACUCAGCAGAAGUCGACUGGAGGACUUCAGCAGUGGCUUCAGGGAGCCAAUAAGAAACAGAGAACCAAGGAGUGAAAACUGCACAUUUGAUGACCAUUUAGGUCUCAUUGAUUCUACUUUACUUGUUUUAAGGCGUUGGAAACAUUGUAUGUUAAGGUUUUUGCUUAUGCUAGUAAAUAUCUUUUAUGUAAUAAAUAUAUGCUUCACAGAUGUGAAUAAUAUUCAAUAUUUCAUUGUCAGAAAUAAACAGUAUUUUAUUCAA